AUGGCCGAUCGUUUCGACGGUGUGAAGAACAAUCAAAUGAAAAUGGACGCGUACGACCUGCUCGCUGCUGAACUGUCGAUUGAGAUGGAGCGUGUCUUCGACGCACGCAGUGUUCAAAGCAAGAUACAUGACCUCAAGCAGCAGUGGUUUAAGCCGCAAGUCAAAGCGACAGGCAAUGGACUUUUGGUCCGUUCCAAGCCUCAGUACUACGACAUUACGUUUGAGUAUUGGGGAACGAUGCUCGCUGUCAUGGACGAUAACCGUCGGCAUUGGAGAGUGAAUGUGAUGAGCCCACGGUAA